AUGCCUCGGGCCCAAGUGAAGGUGAUUUCACCAGAGCCAUCCAUGAUCCAGCCGUAUGGCCAAGCACCUAUCCAGAAGGGAUGGGUGGACUCUUCCUCCAAUGCGGCAGAGCUCCGGAUCAGCCGGGCUGUAAUGGAACGGCUGGGCUUCUCUGAAGAUGAGUUGCUUAGCCACGCCUUUACCAAGCAAGAAGUCUGGGAUGUCAGCGACGUGUACAAGCCGUCUGCGAUGGCAAGUAUCAGCCGCCUGACUCAAGUGACCGCCUUAAACUCCGAGUGCGGUAACGAAAGCAUGCACUGUGUCACCCCCAAUAUACAAGUGGCCACAUUAAGCGACGAGCGCGGUGAUGACAGAGGCACGGUGUCACCAUCUGCUCAAGAUGCAGAAGCCGAACAAAACAAGCGGCGAGCGAUGGUUGAAGCGGUGUUUCAAGCCCUGCUCCAUGCCCCUAAAGAUGAUGUAGCACUGCGGGAGGAAGCGUGUGUAGUUGAGGGCAAAAUGCACAAUGAAUUAACUGAAGAUCUACAAAGAUCUCCUUAA